AUGGAUAGAAUAUCAAACCUCCACUUUGGCUCACCAGGAAAUUCACUUGAAGUCCGUGUUUUACGAAAAUGGACACUACAAUUCAGAAAGGACGAGACAUGGUUUAUAGUGAUUGAUGAGCAUCUACUUGCUCGAAAGACAAAACAAGGAUCGAUACAAACUUCAUUAUUAGUCACUCGAUGUUAUCGUAUUAAGGACUAUACAUGCACUGAGCCAGACAAAUAUCAGAAGGUCUUAGAUCACCCAGUACACAUUAAUAUUGGUGAAGCAUCAACAAUUGAGGAAAUACCAAAUCGCAAUACACUUCCACUAACAUGGUUCUGCUUUAGUCCAAGAUCACACUUUCAAAUGAUAGCAGACAAAAUCUUAGAGCAUCCAGAUUUCGUAGGCGUACUCAUCAACAUGAAAGAUCGAAAAAAAAAAAGACAAGGAACCAUUCAUGCUUAUGACUUUAACAGAUGA